CGGAGGGGCUGGCGGACUAACGUAUUCAUAUAGAAACAGGCUGAAGGAAGGAGGGACAGAUUGGUUUUUAUGUACUCAGGUGGCUCCUACCUCAGGUCGAUUGAUGGGGUAGGUGUGUGUAUGUGUGUGGGAGGUGAGGGGUGAGGAUUGGCGCGAGUGACUGUGUGUGUGUGUUAGAAAGAGAGAAAGGAGGGAGAAAGAAAAAAUGAUGAAACCUGCUGGUUACUGCUUUGUAAAAUGUAUCAUCUGCUGAUGCAAAUCGCUCAAGGGAAGGAGUGGUCACUAAGAGAGAGAGAAGCGCGCGCCGCGAGCUGCCAGCGGGAUGGUGGGUGAGGGUGUAGUAGGGGAGGGGGUGAGCCAGGGGACAGAACUAGCCAGCGGUCUGCUCCUCAGUUGUUCCCCGUCGCUUGAGCUCCACGCGUCGCUUGGUCCUUCCUUCGUCGACUGACUGACCAGCCGGCUAACCAGUUGCCAGCCCAAAACUUUUCCUCCGUCCCCCCAGUCAAUGCGGCCGGCCGGCCAGCCAGCGAGCCAGCCAGCCAGCCAGCCAGCCCCUUGAUUGACAUCCUUGUUUACCAUCGCUUUCCGUUACUUAGCGCCAAGGCCGUUCACUUCAGACUUGCUUCGUGCAUUGCACAACUUAAAAAAAAAAUUAUUUGCUUUGCUGCUACGAAGGGACUUGAUUCUUUACCAGGACGGAUCCGUCAGACUCGGGGAGCCUCGUCAGCAUCUGGGGAGUGAGACAUACUCCUCCAUGUCAUCGCCUCGACAUCAGAUCUCUGGCACCUUCCUGCGCUGACGGCAAGGGAGCGAUGAUAGAGAAACAGAGCGAUGUUCUGAUGAAAGUGGCCGAUGUUCUGGACAAAGUGAUGUCGCAGGACGCGGGAGAACAGACAGUCCGCCACCAAGAAUCGCCGCAACAUCUUCUGCCCAAGUCACAGCUGCUGCAACAACAUACGUCCCCGCCGCCGCCAACACCGACAACCGUUGUGGCGAAGUGACCACCACUGCCACCUGGCAGACGCAGGAGACUCACUUGUCCACAAGACGCACCUGGAGAUGGUCACCUCCGCGCCGGCUCACGACAAGGAUUCCGGUGACAACAUCCACUACUUACGGUCGGACCGUAACGACUCGCUGAGCAGCUCAGACGCCGAGCUCGACUACAACGACGACGACGUCUUUGUCGGCCGGCGACAGAUGAACAGCAGCGGCGGAAUGGGGCUGGGCCGCUGUCCAAACGAUUUCCUUCCGCGGUCACACCAGGUGUACUUCAAAGGCUCCGACGGGGAGUUUUCAGACGGUGAGAAGGAGGGUGGCAUGUUGAGGGAUGCCAGGCUCCCACACCCGUAUGCCAUGUACGGCAGUCAGUACUUUCCGGACACCAAUGGCCUCAUGCCAGGCUUGACAUCGCAGCCAGACUUUAUUCGCGCCGGCUUCCACGGUUCAAGGGGGAGCAGCGAGAACAUGUACACGUACAGUCAGUCAAGAGUUGCGCCCCCUUUGGGCGGCCAACCAUCGGUGAAGCAAGAGCGCGACAAACCCGCGUCGCCAGGGUCCGCGGAUGGUAGCCAUGGAAACAACAAUAACGGCAGCUGUUCUUCGACGGACAUUGGUCAUCUUAACGCGAGAUACCCCCCAGGAUACAAGAAUGAAGCGCCAGCCCCGGAAGGUUCUUCCGCCAGGGAGCCGGACGUGGGGUCCAUGCCGCUGCACCCCCCGGCCAUGAAAUUUCCGCUGACCUCAAACAGGCUGCCUCCCUUCCCUCCCAUGCCGGGUGGGUUCGGUGGAGCAGGCGGAGGAAUGAUUUUAUCGCCGACUUCAGGCUUACCGCAACCACCGUUUCUGAAUCGGUUGGCACCCGGGGUGCAGCCUUCUGCUAUGCUCAACUCAAACGAUAGCCAUCUCUACUUCUGUCACAUAUGUGAAUACUCAGGGCCAACAAAAGAAGAGUUUGAUCAACACAUGGUUGUGCACUUCGGGUAUCGCUGCCCUCACUGUGAUUACACUUCACGAACGGAAGGGCGACUAAAGCGGCACAUCAAGGACUUCCACACAGACACUGAGAACAAGCAAAGGGCAGUUCCUGGACGGCCUAAGGUCUACAGGUGCAAACAGUGCGAUUUCUCCUGUACAAACAAGUCGAGUUUCUGGGAUCAUGCACGCACACAUAUCAAAGAAGACAAGCUCCUGCAGUGCCCCAACUGCCCGUUCGUCACCGAGUACCGCCACCACCUCGAGUACCACCUGCGCAACCACUUCGGGUCCAAGCCCUACAAGUGCGGCAAGUGCAACUACUCGUGCGUGAACAGGUCCAUGCUGAAUUCACACAUGAAGUCCCACACUAACGUGUACCAGUACCGCUGCGCCGACUGCACCUACGCCACCAAGUACUGCCACAGCCUCAAGUUGCACCUGAGGAAGCACCGCCACCAGCCAGCUGCCGUACUCAACAGCGACGGUAGUCUCCCCCAAGGUAUCGACGCCAAGAUGUCCGGCCUCACUCUCGUCGCCAAGAGGGGUCCACCUCGCGGACCCCGAGGGCUGAGGAAGGAGAAGGACAACAACGUCGCACCCGAGUCCAUGAUGUCUGGCUUGUUUCCUAUGCGCCACCCUCUACAUCACACGGGGGCCUACCCGUGCUCAACGGCGCAAUUAUGGCAGCAGCAGGUUACUGGCCCUUGCUACCCAACACCAUACACCCACCGCCGCCCCUUAUCCCUGUUAGCGCGCUGGGCAGUCCGGGGCAUCCUUCCCACCCGAUGCUACCCAGCAUGGACAGGCUACGCCAGGCAUAAUCUUAAAAGUAGGGAGUUGUUAGAGAGGGAGGGAUCCGGUGCGGAGAAAGAAGGCGCUGCUGGUGGGUUCAAGUGCAACUUUUGCAACUUUCUCAGCGACACCAUAGAGCAGCUGGAGUUUCACUUGAAGAAUGUCCAUGAACUGAAGGCAAAUGAGGGACUGUGCAAGCCACCCACAAACAACACGCUGCAGCCACCGCCUGCCGCGCUGGAGGAUCAAGCGACGAAGCUUCAAGCACGUCGGAUGUCAGCACCCCCACCAUCUCACCCGCCAACCUCAACUUCCUUGGCGGUGCAGGCGGACACCAUGUACCGCCGAAGCAGCGUCUCAGAAGCCAGCCCUUCUCCUGCUCAGCAGAACAGCCUGGCAAGCCAUUCCAGCGAGGCAAGCCACUCCAGGGUUAACUCCCUUUCACGAAAUGCUUACGAUCAAAGCAGUCCAAAGAUCAGGAGUCCGCUGAACGACUAUAACAUCUUCCCCAAAAGCCAGAUUCCAAUGGCAGGUGAGCAGGGACGUGAUGGACCACCGCAAGAAGACGGCGCUGACAUCAUCCGACAAAUGACCUUAAAGUUUGGCCCCUUGCCACAGUCUUCACCCCCACCGUCGUUGCAGCAACAACAGCAACUACCACUUGCAGCUUCGCUACCGCCCUAUAUGUCAUCGAUGACGUCCAUCGCAAGUCCGCCCAGCGAGCCAGCCGCUCUAAAGGAAUCGCCGCUCGACUUGACCAACAAACCCAAGUCGGCAUCACCUCCUUACCCUGGUUCUCCCUCGCCCCCGACAACCUCGACCCUUGAACCUGCCGUACACCUCAAACGCGGCUUUGCGGAGCCCUUGGUAGCGUCUAGCGAGGAGAACUCUUGCAAUGGCGGUGAGGUGCACGGAAGCAGUCCCCGGAAACGCUCGCGCAAGGGCAAGGCGUACAAGCUGGAGGCGCUGUGCUUGAAGCUGCAGGAGAAGCAGACGUCAUCGUCGCCGUAUCAGAGCGACAGCAACGAGUCAGACCCAGCUGAUAUCCAGGCACUCGCUGCGCCUUCAACACCGACACCUGCACCCGCUGCAUCAGUAAGAAACGGUGGCCUGGAGGUCGCGGUCAAGAAAGAAAGUUCCAAUUUACAGGACAAGCCGGAGGAGGCUGAUUACGACGGUAACUGUGGUUUUGGUGCCGCUGAUGAUCCGCCAGACGGCGACGAAUACGAAGGACUACGACAGAACCUGAACGAUGAUGCCGGUGCUACACACCAACGAGUGGCGGCUCUAGAAAAAUUCAAUCUCGGCAACCCGCCUUUCUCGCCGCCUCGACCGCCAGUCAUGUCCAGGCCGGACGCUUCCGGUUCGACACCGACCAGUCCGACAGCUAGCACCUCUGUGUAUCGAGAGGAACCGGAAAGAGGGAACACUAUCCUUCUCAACGAGAUCUACCACCACCGUCGCAAGCUUGUGACACCCGCCAUGAGGAGAGGAGCGGAAGUAGCAUGGAAGAUCCUUCAUGACCCAGCCAACGGCCUGCCAGUAGAGGUCAAGGCCGACGAACCAUCACCCCGAUCUCUCCUCCUUCCACCGAAUCUCCUUGUGGGCUACGACAACCCCACGUCCUCUGGCAGGAUGAGUGGUAACGGCGUUGGGAGUCGUCCUCCUCUACUGUCUGCAGUCCCGCAGAGGCUGUCCACGCACGCGCAGACAGUUCAGCAGGGUCCAUCCUGCACAAGCGAACCCAGGCACAAAGCUCUGCACGCGGUCCCUGCGGAGAAGUCGUACGAAUGCAGCUUCUGUGACAUCUCCUUCAGAGAGAGCGUCAUGCACGCCGUGCACAUGGGUUUCCAUGGCUACCAGGACCCGUUUAAGUGCAACAUGUGUGGGGAGGUCUGCAAAGACAAGUUUGAGUUCUUCCUGCACAUUGCACGCACGGCACACAACUGAUGUUAUAGGAGAUCAGUACUCACCCCUGGCUCUGUUUCACACUUUUUCUUUCAUUCACCCAUGCCCCCACCAUUCUCGAUCUAAACACACACACAUACGUACUUACGUUAAGGAUGUCGUGUGUGACAGGCGGUACGAAGCAGGAGAUAACUUUGAAAAUGACGAGAACUUCAAAAGCCUUAUCAAUGAGGUGGCUGGGUAAAACGAUGCUUUAAACUGACAAUCUGUGUUUUGCCGCAAAAUGCAAAAAUCUAGUCGAAAAUAUAAAGACAAAAAAGAAAAAAAAAAGCAAUAACAAAAACUGGACUUCAAACUAGUCUGGAAAUGUAUUGUUAAUGCAACGAUGUGGAGCGAUGACUACGGGUGAUCCAUAAGACUCCGAGAAACAAUUUUUGCUGUGCGCGAAGCGGGUCAAAAGGUCAUGUCCAAAUCUAAUCUCGGUGGAACUGAACUUUAGAUAAACACAUCUGAAACUCCCCGAGACCAAGAAUCUGAAAAGUAAAGCGCUAAAUGUUCACUUCAAUAGCUCACGAUUUAUUGUCCACAGGAAACCCAUCUACAAACACAGCGAGAAGGCUACUGAUAAAGGGCCGUCACUCGUAAACAACUCUCGGGGUUCUCUCCCCUAAUGUUGCUGGACAUUUUUAACAUUUGACGGACCUGUGUAGACAUUAUUGGAUAACUAUCAUCUCAUGCUUAUAAUAUUCAAGCAUAUCGUUGUAUCAUCGAAAUAAUUGCACUGAACUCUUAUCAUGAACUCACGACAGAUAAUGCUAACUGAAUUAUUUCAGCAGAACCACGUCCUCGUCUGUCUCCCUUUGUUGAUCUCAUUCCUGACUUCAUUGAAUUCCAAUGAAUUAUCGCUUUGUACACUUUAGAUAAACGUUGAUAUUCUUUUAAUUAUUCCACUACCCCGUUCAGUAUAAAAUAACAUGGGUGUUGAUGUCUGUGUUCAGUAAUAUUUCUCCAACAUCAACCAGGUAGAUUGUGGUAUUCAAAGAUCUCAAACGUGUGUGAGUCAGCUUCCAUGUAGAUGCAAAUUGAUGUUCUUGUAUUGUUUACAAAUUUGUGGAAUGCGGCAAUGUCAAGCCGACUGACAUGUAAAGCUGCUAACGAAGUAUUAUUUUACCUUUGAAAGUGACGGUGUACAAAUUAUUUGGAUUACGACUGUGCCAAAAAGAUGAUUUUUUUUUCUUUCUUUUUUUUUCUCUUUUUGUCAGUUGUUUUCUGUUUGCAAGCUGAGCGCCUUGUCGUUGGGUGAAAUUACUUUUAUCGUCAGUCUACACAAAUUAAGGGCCUCAUCGUCAUUAUCGUCUACAUCACCUGACAAAAUUGUAAAACAUGAAGCAUUUUCAAGUACACUUUAAAGUUUUACAUUCGAUAAUGUUUGUGCUCAUUUUACAUUGUGUUGCAUACAUUCUACAAGGCACUGCUUGUUUUCUUAAAAAAAAAAUGUAAUGAAAACUAUAUAGUUUCAUGAAAUAUCAUGAAGCUGAUAUUGAAACAUGAGCUUGUGUGUCGAAGAUGGAAGUGCUCAAGUCUCUAGUCAUUGCAUAGGUUUCAGUUUUUGAAUCCUGUGUUCCUCCUGCAAUAACACAUGGAUGCAGUAAAACUGGGUUCACCAAUUUUUAUUCCAAAAUACGACAGCUUAGACUUUGCCCUUUACCUAAGGGCAACUUGCUGGUACUGUAGUAGCUUUUUUUUUUUUUUUUUUAAUUCGUAUGUUUUUAUGAUCAUCAAUCUGUGUGCUUGUGGGGCAGGAUUGUACACGUGUGUAAAGAAUAUAUAACGAAUGAAAAUAAAUGUUCAUGUCAGUUUUUAAUUUAUAAUUAAUUUACACCACUAUUUUGUCUCAUUCUCUGUCUAGUCUGAUUCCACUUUUUCGCUUUUACAGUUGGUUUAAUUUAAAUUAUUAUUAUUUUUAUGAAUGGAAUUUUAAAAAGUAAAAACCAGUAAAUUCGACAGCGGUUUUUUUUUUAAUGCAAGCAAGAAGCACUUGGGACGGUUUUUGAGGCAAAUUCUCUCGCCUCCAAGCGGCUUUUUUUUUUUUUUUGCUCCAAAAUUUGGACAGGAAAAGAUAAAAUGUUAUCGCUAUCGGUAAGUGUUGAGAACAAUUUCCAUUGCACUUAGUUAUCGUCUGUUUACAUUGUACCUUUCUGAAUGGGAGUUUUGACUACGAGGUCAAUGCUCUCGGCAAGUAUUUGUUAUGUGGAUGUCUAGUCAUUUUUAUGGAAAAGAACAAUGCAAGCGGAAUGUUUCCAGACACAUUCCUUUUACGAAAAGCUGCGCUGUACUAUUGUGUUGCCAUAAUCUACCUCAACAUACUUAGAAAGAUCUAUUUUGUAAAGUUUUAAAACUAUACUCCGACACGUGUGGGUGCUAUUGGUAUGACUAGAGUUAAAGGCCCCGACUCUAAAAAUCUCCCUCAAGCAGCAGAAGUGCUCUCUCUAUACAAUUUGCUCAAAUAGGUUGGUGAUAUCUGAAAGCCAGCUCACAUUACUAAAAACCCUGCAUCGAUUUCAAACCCUAACAAAAUCAUCGCAUUUGAACUCUUUCGAUGUACCUCUUUAUCCGAGCGCGUCGACUUGUGGACGGGGCUGUCUCCUCGUUCCCUCCCUACCCCGCUCUUGCCCUCCUGUUCUCCCUUCCCCAUGAGAGAUACUCACAUGAAAGUGUCUGAUCUUCGUGUUUUUGUCCAUUUCAUGUUGCCAAAGAAACUGUGUAACCCAUAUACAUCUUUUAGUUCGGUUAUUGCUUCGUAAGGCGGUCGGAAAGCUGGAGGUCUGUGUAGAAACUUGCUUUACAAGAUUGAAACUGAUAUCUGCAUACCUGUGUGUACCUGUAUGUCUCAGAUGCGUGCAGAAACAUGAAGCGUAUCGCUCUUUGAUACCCGAAUAUUUUGUUCAGCCCUGAAGAUCAGCAACAACCUAAAAAUAAGCAUGCAGCCAUGCAUGCAGUGCUCACCCAGGUCUCGUUAGGCACAGUGGAGCGAAUGUUCUACCCGUAUUCUUUUAAUUCUUUAUGCCUUCAUUUAAACAACAUUACGUGUAUUGUAUAUGCAUUUCUCUACUUGUAUGUCAAAAGAGCAAACGAAAAUUGAAUAAAGAUUUAAGUGAAUUUUAUGUACUUAUCUGCAAUUUUGGUAUAUUCAACACCAAUGAGAAUUUUGUUCCACAAAUAACUGCCGCUGAUUCAUUCAAAGCAAUCAUACUAUUUUAUGAAUGGUAAUUUGUAUCCAGAAAAAAAUCUCAUAUGGAGGUACUUUUCUUACCUACACAAGAACACUAUUAUUCUACUUUAAUUUCAAAAACUUGUCAAUCUCAUGAACGCUUGGAUAAUACCGGAAACACUUUUUCCACCUAAGAACAAAAAUCCACAAACUAUUUAAAUUAUGCGAUAAGCUCGCGUCUGGAAUGAAACCGGUGAUUACAUGGACCUUUCCACUAUCGUCUGCUCACAGUACUAACAACUCUUAUUGCCUUGUUUCUGUAGGAAAGGGGUAGGCUAAUGUUAAAGACUGCUGCACAUGGUCAAUCAACAUUAAGUUGCAACACCACCACCUUUCAAGCAAUUACCAAAGCAUGCUUAACACUUUAGUCACCAGACUAAAACAUUGUAUUGUUUCAAGUUAUCUAAGAGCUUCCUGAACAGUAUUUGAUCUUCAAAUUUUACAAACAUCAUUUCACUUUGGAUCCGUUUUCACCUCCACAGACUCUUGCGAUCUAACUGAAGUUAAGCUGGUCCAGAUGUUGGCAACUUGUGCCCAAGAUGCAUGUCUUUUUGCUGUAUUUUAACUUAUUCAUAAUGUAUUUGCUUUUAACUUUUGUGUUUGUAAAAUAAUAUACAUCUGUUUAGUUCCCGUUUUUCCAAUUACCUGAAGUCAUAAUUAUUCUCUACUCUGAAAAUAAAUGGUGUCAUGAA